CGAGCACCGACACUCGUCCCGAGCGUCUCCCCGGAUAACAAUCGAUAGCCGAGGCAGUGGAAACUUCUCCAGGACGUCGGGGGCAAAUUAAAGGAAAAUAUAAACGGCUCCUUCCACCUGGAGAAGCCGUCCCCCCACCCCCCCAGCCCUGUGCCUGUGGAGCGGAUGACAGAGCACAAAAAGAACAUAACAGUCAACUUCCUCCACUGGUGAGCUAUGGCCCCGGAGUUGAGCAGCACCAAAGCCCCGUAACGUUCGAGAGGAUCUAGGUAAACACUGGGGGGGGCUUGAGCUGGACACUAGUGCAGCAGGGAUGAUCACCACCCAUAUGAACGGUUUUGCGCAAGAGGCCUCUGGUCAGGCCAAGACCCAAAGGGAGCGGGCUGUGGACUGUCCAGGAGAGGAGAGUAGCCUCAUCAAAACUCCACACAGCAGUGCCCACAUGGAGCGGAUCCAGCACUACCAGGAGGAGCUGAGGAAGAGGAGAGAGGAAGACGGCAGGGGGAAGCACGACAUCGACCCCAACGCUUCGCUGAGGCUCAAGAAACUUUCAGAGAACCCCAAGUUGGGGAUUGACAACCCCAUGUUCGAUGGAAAGGAGAACGCCACCAAAGACACAUACUACCACGAUCCUGUUGAUGAACUGGAGGAGCUGCUGCAGGCUCUGAAGUGGAUGCAGCAGUGCCUGACUGACACACAGAGCCAACAGGAUGUGGAGCUGAUAAUGCAGCUCCUCGCCAAGGAUGACUUCAAGAAUGCCUACUCCAUCUUCAACGCCGUCUCCCAGCAGAUGAGCAGAGCCACCCCAACCUCGCCCCUCACAGCACAAGCACAGGAUCUCUGCGUGGAGGUGCAGAAGAUUCUCCAGUCCAGCGACCAGAAGGAGGGUCUGGAGCUCAAGGCUCUGCUCACUAAUCCUCAUCUCCAGGCACUGAUGCAGGCUCACGACAACGUGGCGGUGAAGGACAUGGCAGAGGAAAAUGAGACCCAGUACCUCGGAGAGACGGUUAAACUCGUGCGGUUAGAGAAGGCCCUCGACACUCCACUGGGCGCCACGGUACGUAACGACAUGGACAGCGUGGUGGUGAGUCGGGUGGUGAAAGGCGGAGCAGCAGAGCGGAGCGGCCUCCUCAGCGAGGGAGACGAGAUCCUGGAGAUCAACGGGGUUCCAAUGCGCGGGAAACAUGUCAACGAAGUCCACGACUUACUGCAACAAAUGCAAGGCACGCUGACCUUCCUCCUCAUCCCGAGCUCUCAGAUUAAACCUGCCCCACACAGACAGACUGUGAUGCACGUUCGAGCUUACUUCGAUUACGACCCCUCUGAUGAUCCCUUCGUGCCGUGCCGGGAGCUGGGCCUGUCCUUCCAGAAGGGAGACAUCCUCCAUGUCAUCAGCCAGGACGACCCCAACUGGUGGCAGGCCUACAGGGAUGGAGAUGAGGAGAACCAGCCCCUGGCUGGACUCAUUCCAGGGAAAAGCUUCCAGCAGCAGAGAGAGACCUUGAAGAAAACUAUAACAGACAGGAGUCAAGAGCACCAAGGGAAACAUUGGUAUGCAAAGAAGAGCAAGAAGCACAGGAAGAAGAACACAUUGAGCUCGAGCAGAAGUACAGACUACGAUGAAGUCCUGACCUAUGAGGAGAUGUCCCUUUAUCACCAGCCUGCCAAUCGUAAACGCCCCAUUGCUCUGAUUGGUCCGACUAACAGCGGCCACGACGAGCUGCGUCGGAGGCUUCUCUCCAUCGAGCCGGAAAAGUUUGCUGUCGCGAUUCCACACACAACCAGAAACCCGAGGAUACAUGAACGAAACGGCCGCGAGUACCAUUUUGUGAGUCGAUCUGCCUUUGAAACCGAUUUGGCGUCAGGAAAGUUCAUCGAGUCGGGGGAAUAUGAGAAGAACCUUUACGGGACCGGCACCGAAUCGAUCCGACACAUCGUCAACUCUGGACGCAUCUGUCUGCUCUGCAUGCACACGAGGUCACUGCAAGUGUUGAGGACGUCCAACCUCAAGCCCUAUGUCAUCUUCAUCGCUCCUCCUUCUCAGGAACGACUACGCACCCUGCUGGCCACAGAGGGGAAGACACCAAAGCCGGAGGAUCUGAAGGACGUCAUCGAGAAGGCCCGAGAGAUGGAGCACAACUUCGGUCACUUCUUCGAUGCGACCCUCGUGAACAUGGAUCCCGACCUGGCGUUCCACGAGCUGCGCCGGCUGAUUGACAAGCUGGACACUGAGCCCCAGUGGGUGCCCACCUCCUGGCUGUGCUAGAGGUCACAGGGUCUCGACGCAUCGGGUCUCAGGGUAGAGAGAGGUAAAAAAAAAAACGAUGUUCCUGGAGACUGAAAAAUGAAGGACAAUGAAAGUCUGUGUGGUAAAAUUGCACAAAUCCUCGUUUGUAGAGGAGCCGAUUUACCACAUGUUGCAGGGACGGACUCACUAUUCUUCCAUUUCUUUUUGUUGCUGUGUGUUUGUCUUUGUGUUUUUUUUGCUUUAAUAAGGUUUUUGGUUUCACCGUUUUAUGCAAAGUUGUUUAUUUAACAAAUAGAAAUGUUUCUAUUUCAUUGUUAAUAGUUAUUUAUAAUUGUAAAUAUAUAUUUUCUAGACAAAAUAUUUUAUUGUUACAUUUUGUGCGUGGGACAUCUCCAACACUCGACCGGGAGUGUGUCGAUGUCGCGAGGAUCAAGUGACGAGGUCCGUCACGGUACCAAACAGAAGAGAAGCACCUGUGCUCAGAGUGGCUGCAGUGAGACGGCUUCUAUUCAGAGAAAACACACAAAGACAAAACUUCUGCUGUGACCUGCAGUGUUUUGUUGCUUUCUAUGCACCAGUAUCAGUAUUAGUUUGUCGUCUCAUUUACACUAUAACAGACCUCAAAUCUUCUCUCUAGCAGGUAUCUUUACUGUCAGUGAUUAAAGUACUACUGUAAAGUAUUGAAUGAACCAAACAUCAUUUCACUUAGUGAAACUCCAACAAAUAAUGUAUCGCUUCUUUGCAGGGUCCUUUUUAAAUUAUAAGCACAACUCUUGUUUUAAUAAAUCAGAUCAAUAUGUGAA